AUGGCGACGCAAGGAAUGCGACCGCCCUCUAGGGGGCGCUGCAGCGCGCUGAUCAACAAUAAAACAAAAAAAACUCCCCUGGGCCUUUUGUUCUCUCGUUGGUUUAUUCGUGACGCCACAGGGGAGGCGGGCCCUGGCCAGAGCCUUCCCGCGCGCAUGCGCAUCCCGCCCUUUGUGACGCUGUCCUCCCCCGUUGCCAGGAUACGGGAAAGCGCUGUGGGGCCGCGGCCUGCAAGCGGGGCUCUAGUGGCGCUGGGAGCAGCCGAGCGAGGCCUGGCGGGGGCGGGGGGCGUGGAGCAGAGGCGGCGCGUCAGCGGCAGGUGGAGCUCCGGCCCGGCGGCGGCUGCUCGCGCGACCUUCCUCUUCCGGGUUUGCGGCCCGUCCUCCCCUUCCAGCCUCCUCGAGUCCUGACCCCGCAACGCCGCACCCCCGAGGCAGUGUGCGAGGCGGGAAGGACCGGUGACCAGAGAGCGGGGUUUGUUUGGGGUCUUGUAAGCUCAAGGAGGAGGGGGGAAGCAGUGGAGGAAAGCCCCUUGCCUGCCACGUGCCCAACAGGACUGCAGGUCGGUUCAUUCAGAUAUAUCUAUAUAUUUCCCCCCCGUUUCAUAGAAUCGUAGAGUUGGGAAGGGGCCGCACGAGGGUCAUCUAGUCCAGCCCCUUGCCAUUGCAGGAAUUUAUUUAUUUAUUUUGCCCCACGUGGGGCUCGAACCCACAGCCCCGGGAUUAAGAGUCUGUUCUACCGAUUUAGAGAUUGUUAUAGGUUGCCUUUUUCAGAGCUGAAAACCCUCGCGAUGAAAUACAGUGCCCCAGUUGCAAGCAGUUUAUUGCGAAUUUUAAACACCCCCCCAGCUGUAAUAAAACAUAAACACCCGGCCCGAAAACAACGAGCAACAGAGUGUAACGAUAAACAGCAACCCACCAACGGUGAGAGAACACGGUAGCAGAAUGGAAACGCCGUGGUAGGAAAGGCCGACGGGGCAGGUGGGUUUCCCAAGUUUUCCCAAGGGGCCUGUUGGUCCCAAGUUAACCAGGUCACCAGUUGGCAAUGGGUUCUGGAGCUGUGGGGCGGCCCCAGAAAAUGCCUUUGCACCGGGUGACUUAACUGCUUUUUUGUGGCAGGCAGGUGAGAAGGGCUAUCAAAGCUAAAUGGAACCUCCAGGGGCAGAGGCAGUCUAUCUCUGGAAUAGUAGGUGUUGGGGCCGGGGAGUGGACAACGGGAGGCUUACUCCUUCUGGCCUCCCUGAGGGCAGUUGAUGUAAUUAGAUUGCAAGUGGGAGGGCUUUAUCCUUGGGAUCCACUUUUUUUCCCAGAACCCUGAGGUCUGUCUGCUGGAGCCAUGUGCAGAACAGUUGCCUAGAAAGUGUGGUGUUCGUACACUUAGAAGUAAUGAUCAGGACAACUCUGGGUGCUUCUCAAUCCUGGAAUUUGUUUUUAGUGCCAGAAAUAAGCUGAUAUUCCUUCCAGGCAAAAUCCAGCCUUCAUUCUCUUCCCCCAGCCUCCUAUCAGCACUUAAUUUGUUUCACUGGGGUGGUGUGGGGGAAAGGAAGGUAUUGUUAGGAUCUGCAUCAAGUACAAGUAGAUCCUUUGUGAUCUACUUCAAGUCACCCAGAGAUCCACUAGUAGUUAUUUAUUCAUCAUUUGUUUGUUUGAUUGAUUGAUUGAUUGAUUGAUUGAUUUAUAUACUGCCCUUCAUCAAAAGAUCUCAGGAUGGUUCACAAUAUAAAAGCACAAGAUAAAAGCACAAAUAAUAGUAAAAAAAGGAGCAAUAAAACAAUAACCACCCCACACACCCUUGCAUUAGACCGUCCAAUCCAGCUGUGGUUUUCUUACCAUGCGCUUCACAGAAUAGAUUCCCUUACAUGGAUCUAUAACUUACUGCAGAAGGAACAUUAAUGGCAUAUAUCUCACUUCACCCUUAAACUGUUUUUCAAGCUACAUUAAACCACUAAGUGAGAGGUCAUCUAGAGUUCUGAGGUUUGCUGUCAUUGAUGUGCUCAUGGCACCCAGCUCUGUCUCCCCAUUAGAUUUAUUUCAGUUAUUGGUCCCCUUAAGUCAUUUGCACCACAUGAGGAAGGGGGCUGCAUUUUCACACCACCCUAAAUGUCACCUCUAGCCCUGACCUCUGCAUUUUGAUUGAGCGGAAGAUCUGAAAUGGUACGCUUGGUAAAAAUCCAAAGACAACACCAUGUACAUUAGAUUUGGCACUUUCUUACAGGUACUAGCCCUCUUCCUUUAUUAGCCUCAUAACAGGUUAGCAAUACAGUUUAACUGUUAAUUGCUAUUGGCUGUAAAGCUUACCUUUUGAUUUCUGUCUGGUAGUAAAGUUACAAAAUCCAUUUUCUGAAAGUGGCGACCCUAGGGCAUCUCUCUAUCUUGGACCCUCAAAACAUUGUAUAUUUAAUCCAAUGUCUUUGUGACUUGAAGAAGGGACAUCCUUUAUUGCCCUCCUCGGAGUUCUACUCCAACCCACACUUUCAUAAGCAAUUUAAAAGGGUCUCUUGCUUCUGUGUGCCACAUUUCUGUCUCAUAAAACACCCCACAUCCUAGCUGCGUGGAAUGCGAUGAGUGAGCAACAAAGAGUAUGGGAGUUGCCUUUUUGGAUCAGAGCAAAACCCAUUGGGUCCAGGGUCUGGUGCAGGAUGGAGAUGACACCCUUGCUCCAUUGCUUUGCUUCCCGCUUCUGAUAAACAUUAGUACUAAAUGCCAUUUCCAAAUAUGGAAUACAUAGUCAUGUAACUGUCUACUGUGAAUUUGUCUACUAGAAUUUAAUUGCUCUGGGACCAUCCCGUGAUACCCUUUUAAGGACUUUUGAAUAUGGGCAGGGUGGGAAACAGGUGCAGAACAAAUGCUCUUCCUCAGCUUCCCUAAGAUCUCUACCAAACACAAGACCUCUGGAAAAUAGUUAUGAGUCAAGUUUUGGAGGUAUGGUGUAAAGACACAUGAGGCCAUCACCUUGCUAAAGCUAAGUUCUGUGCCUGGUCAGUGCCUAGAGGGGAGACCAUAUUGAAAUCAUGUAGGUUCCAGGACAGAGGAAUGGCAGGAAAAGCAGAGGAAAAAAAUACUGCUUAACUAAAUAUGUAAAUAGAUCAUGGGAUUAGGCUGGAUUUGUUUCCUCCCCCAGCACCAGCCAUUUGGGAAGCAAGCACAUAGACCAGGAAUAGGCAACCUAAGGCCCGGGGUCCGGAUCCGGAUCCGGCCCAGUCGCCUUCUAAAUCCGGCUCGUGGAUGGUCCAGGAAUCAGUAUGUUUUUACAUGAGUAGGAUGUGUCCUUUUUAAAAAAUGCAUCUCUGGGUUAUUUGUGAGGCAUAGGAAUUCGUUCAUCCCCCCCCCCCCCCAAUAUAUAGUCCGGCCCACCACGUGAUCUGAAGGAUGGUGGACUGGCCCAUGGCUGAAAAAGGUUGCUGACCUUUGACAUAGACUAAGUCUCCCUCCCCACUUGGAUCUGGUAGAGCUGAGAUAAAAGAUAUAAAACAGGGAUGGGAAACCUAUGGCACUCCAGAUGAUGUUGGAUUGCAACCAGAAUGACCAGUGAGCAGGGAUGAUGGGAGCUGUAGUCCAAGAACAUCUGGAGGGUCAAAGGUUCUCCAUCUCUGCUGCAAAGGAACCAACUGAGUAACUCUGCUAGUUGCUGCAAAAGGUUAUGGGGUCCAGGUUUCAAAAAAUUGUGCCAAAAAUGUUAAUCUUUAAGGUGCCAGAUGUUCUUCUGUUGCUUUUUGCUAUUUGCUGUCAAUGAAAUGCCAAAGAACGACUAGAGCACUCUUUUUCCAUGGCCUUAUAUUGUACUGAAAUUCUAAACCCAAUCACCCAUUGAAGUUAGUCAGAAUUAUGUCCAAAUAAACAUGUAUAGGACUGCAUUGUAAGUCCUGGGUCAGACCCAGCCCAGCAGAAUGUUUUAGGAUUAAACCUAGUAUGUUGCAUUAUUGAAGGCUUUUCCUGUGCAGAAUUUUGAGAACAUCAGGAGCGCUGGACAAAACGGAGUAGGAAUUUUCCUCAAAGCCUCUAAUGGUAGUUUCUAUUCCAUUGCAUUUCUUGCCAAGGAAUAUAAUCAUUUUAGUGGGUCAUCUCUUUAGAGCAGAUAUAGGCACCCAACUUUGUAAAGCACCAGACAGAAGGCAGCAUCCAUUGAGGCCUAAUGAGUAGCUAGAUGCUUUUACUGCCAGUUCAUUAGAACAUCACAAUAUAAAUGGGAAUACACACCUCUGUAUUUCUUUUCUGUAAGAAUCUAAGCACUACAAUUCUGUUGUGGGGUUGUAGCAAAAUAUAUAUAUCAACCUCAUGAGCCUGCCCCAUAUACACCCAGUGUCAUAGUCUGUCCCCCAUCUCAGAGAAUAAGACAAGCCUCCAGCUUUGUAAAUUAGCUUUUGGUGCAGCUGUUUCUUGCCCUGAACUGUGCAUGAAUUGGCCUGCUUGCCAACAAAUGGUUAGUUACAGUUUCUGUGGCAACUUAAACUGUGAUAAGGUGGAGAGCUAACAGUAGUUUCUCUUUCAGCUUGAGUCUAGUGACUUGGAAGCAUCCCAAAACCAAAAGCCUUAUGAAGCAGCUGCGUGGGAAUAAAGGUGGGGGCAAUGCCAGAAAGAAGAGUUCCCCCUCUGGUAAGGACAGCAGGAAUCCAGCAUUACAGACGUCCGAGGACAGCAGGCCGAUCAGCAUCCUAAAUCCAAAACUGUUGGCUCAGAAGCGACCUCUGCAAGGUUUGAGCAGUAUGGGAGGCAGCACCGCGGGGAGUCCCGAAGAUGCCAAAAGACCAAAGCUCUUGCCUGAAGCGAAUUCUCCUGGCCAGGAGGAAUCUGAAGACGAGGAGUCGGAUGACAGUGAAUAUGAGAGAGCAGAGAGUGAGAGUGAUGACAGCGAUUAUACAGACAGUGAAGACGACGAUGACGACGAAACUGGCAGCGAUGCCUCAGAAAGCAGUAACAAAGGCCCUGAAGAAACAACAAGCCAGCCUUCUUCAAAGACUGAUUUAACAAAAGGUAAACGUUGAUGCUUGGAAAAAUUCAAUAAAUAGUGCAUCUUUGUGUCACCUAUCAGCCGUUUUGAGCUUUUCUUUCUCUGGUGGCUUCGCUUCUAAUUAACCGCCUUAGAUGUGGGCGUGUAACCAUUAAUAUGCAUUAUAGCCACCAUUCAGAUGCGCUCCUUGACACUGCUCUCUUUAUCACCUAACCGUCCUACAUAAUUGCCUUAUCGUCAGGUGUGUCUCAUGCUUCGUGCUGCCUCUGAAAGCAGGAAAAUAACGGAGAGUGUGCCUUUCUGUGUCAUACUCUGCAUGAAUGUAUAUUCUGUUGCUCAGAUACCAAAGAAGUUGGGGCUGUCGGUUGAAUAAUCUCUUGCAUCCUAUAUAGUGGAAACAUGUUAUUGCAAUCCAAAACGUUGUGUUGAAAUAUGGAAUUGCCUGUCAUUUUUAAGGGCUGCAGAAAUGCCACAUGGUAGUCAAACCACUAAAAACAAUGAUGGCUAUUCCUCACAACAGCUGAUCAGGCAAAGUAGGGCUGGGUGAUAUAUUGUCCAAAACCGGUUUGAAGUUCACAUCAUGAUAUCUGUUUCAUAAUAUUUGACCUGGCAGUAUAUCGUGAAUCACAAUAUGUGUGAGGGCUCGUCAAUAUCUGGUUUUCAACAUCACGAUAUAUCGCCAGCUAAACAUCACCGAUAAGGACGGAACUACGCAGAGACAAACAGGCUACUUACUUGGCAACUGCUACUACUUAGGGCUCUAAAACAGAUAGAUGUCAUUAUUAUCAAUCACUGCACAGUCAGUUUCAUCAGCAGGCAAGCCAAAAUGCAUCCAAACUUGGGGUUAUGGGCUUGGCUUCCAAAUUGUGGUAUUCAGGACAAUCCAAAGUACAGUGAUGAGUCAUGGUGAAUACAAAUAAUCUGGGACUACCAGCAGGCUUGCUAGGUGACUGAAGCGGUGGUGGCAGAAACAGCAGGGACCUCAUAGGCAGUAGUGGCAACAGCCUUUAAGGCCCAACGGUGACAGCAGAAUCACUGGCGGCCUGCGAGGCCUGGCGGCGGCAGGAGUUACUAUCAGAUAUCGUGAUAUAUCGAUAAGUUGAGAUGUUUAGCUGAUGGUAUAUUGCGAUAUUGAAAACCAGAUAUCGCCCAGCCCUAAAACAAAGCUGUGUUAUCCCCCUGUUGAAGUCUGAGGAUGGGGGAACGCAGGCUGGAGAAACAGCGGCUUGUCUACGUUCACCAAGGUAAGAAUUGCUCGCUGGAAACGACACACUUGUCUGCUGCCCUAUAGCAGCUCACUGUUUGCACCCCGUCAACGGUGCCAUUGCCUCGGUUGUCUAAUGAGAACACUUUGUAAAGCAGGUUAGUCUUCUGGUUGGAUGUUUUGCAUUUUCUCAUGGAGGAAGGGGAGUAGUCUCCAAAAAAGGUACUUUGUUGGCCUCAGGUUUGGGUGAUCUGUUUUCCUUUACGCUGUCCUGACAGCAGAUUAAAGAAGCUCAAAGAACGUUGUGGAUCUUUUGAAAGUUCAAAAUAUUACGUUAUGACAGUGCUAAUUUGUUCCUUGUUUGAUCUCUGCAAUGGUUCUAAAAUUGUUUGCCACUAGUUUCAAACCUGAAAUAUGUAAUGUGCAUUAGUGCCCUCCCCAAGAGUUGGUGCAAGUGUAGCAAAUUCAAAAAAAGAGGGAGCUCGAGGAGUAAAAGAGGAUUAGGAAACAAACGGUACUGAAAAUGAGCAUUUUUUGUGAGUCAUGUUGACUGCUGCAGUAAGCAACUGAUCUUUGUAAUAAAUCAGUUUAGUUACUACUUGAAAGCCAAGUUUGCCUCGUGGUAAUUCUGUAGAUUUCCGCUCUUUGUCAUAUCUGUUGAGAAUUGACUGUACUCUAGAGUUCUAAAUGUAUGCUCAAGCCUUCAGCCAAAAUUACGGUUUGGUCUACUCCACAGAAAGAGCUUAUAAGGGCAUUGUGGAACUGUCAGCAAGAAGCAGCCGGAAGCACUAAUAAAGAACAAAUGAGCCACUCAAAACAUGUUUUUCUGUUUUGAAAAUAUGCUUCCUAAAUGCAAUAAGCAAUGUGAUAUGAUAUUUAUAAAAUCAUUGAGUGAGAUUUCCUAAGGCAGCCUUUUAAGUUAGCUUUGGAAUUCUUGUUUCAAUGCAGAAAAACAAGAUUUGCUCUUAAGAAUUGAGACUGAUUAUAUCUUCCAAAGCCACAGAAAGUUGUGAAAUGCAAGCUAUCAGAAUCUUGUCUUCCUUCCUUCCUAAAUCAUGGAACCGACUGAGAAUUGUGCACCUUAAACAUAUUUAAAUUAUAUCUGGUAGUGGUAGGUGUUGUCUUACCUUCUCUUCUAAAGUCAGACAACCAUUGUUAUAUUAAUCUUCUGAAGGCUAGAAAUUUAUUCAAAUUAAAACAGAUGGUUUUUAUACUGAUGUGCUUCCAAGAACCAUAUCUUUGACAGUGCAGUCCAGUACACGUCUACUCAGAAGUAAAUGAGUACAGAGUUGCUGCCUGGGAGAAAAUGCAGUUAUCUCAAGAAUCUUAAUUUGAAAAAUGUUGAGAAUUGGCAACACUGAGAGUGAUGCUUUUACAUGAAUUAAAAAAUGGCUGAUGUACCACAAACAAAGCACAAUUAUAAAUAGCAGCGUGGUUAAUUGGGAAAGUGUCUAAUGAGUUCACCAGGGACGCGGAUUAGGUCUCAUUUAGCAUAAUAAAUGAAUCUGGAAGAGGGAGCAAAGAGCACUAAUGAAAUUCAAAUAUGAAAACAGAAGGUGGUGAGAACACAAUCAAUUGGCAUACAAAUAAUAGGUAUCUAGGUGGUGGCACAAAACACAGCCACAUACAGCUAUUCUUUUGCAGGGAAUAAAUCAUUGGGAACAAAUUAAUUUUAAAUGCAUAUAAUUUAAUAUCAAAUGCAGGUCAGGAAAAACGUGGGAAGAUGGAUGAAGAAAGGUUUAUGUGCAAAGCCAGUGCUGCUUCUCUAAUCUUUUAUGAACAGGCAGCCAGAAACAGAUGUAGUUUGUUGGCCAUAUAGCAGAGACAGAGGCUACUUCUUGGGCAUUCUGGUGUGGUUAGUUUAUUUAAUUUACCAUCAGUGGUUGUGUGGUAGCUUGCGCACGCACACAAGUCCUCUUAAAAUCAAUUCUAUGUUGAGGGGCAGCCAGUGUUAGAAAUUAGCCAGGCGCCAGGCGCAUUUUGCUACUGGCAUGGGUCCAGUUGUGACUAUGAGGAGAUUUCUGGGUGCCAGGUUGGCAACCACAGUUUAAAAACAGCCUUAGUCCAGAACUAAUGCCAUUUUCCUUGUGUGUGUUUCUCCUUGCCUACUGGGACAAGUGAAUUGUUGUAACAGCAACCUGCACGCAAACAAUCCAGUUGAGAUUAUAGAAUUAUAGAAUUGAAGAAUUGCAGCGUUGGAAUGUACCCCGAGGGUCAUCUAGUCGAAUCCCUUGGCGAACAGACAUUCUCUUGUGGCAACCGCACCCCAGGUUUAAGGGGGCAUUUGGGGCCUAGCCUUUGUAUUUGAGUUUCUAAAACUGGGGGCAUCAUAUGUGUGUGUUGGGGGAAGAUAAUGGGUCAAGGGGAACAUGGAAGAAUGCGCAUUUACGGUAGGUUGAUUGUUUUGGCUUUGUUUCAGGAGGGACUCUUUAUUUAUUUAUUUAAAGGGGGUUUUCCUGAGGAAAGACACCCCGAGGCGUUCAGGCCAUACAGAAAGGAGAAAUGGUGCGGUUGUGUAUGUCAGGGGUGGGAGGAGAACUUUGGACCGUUGACGGCGAUGGAGCUGAAGAAGUGAAGCAAUGAAAUUUCACGUAGUUCCAGAAGUCUUGAUCAAGAGUAACGUUGGCUAUCGCCCUGUGUCGGCAGAGAUGGGAGAAUCUGGCUGUGGUCCUCUUUGUGAGAGCAGUCUCCUUGGCAUUUUGACUGGUUUGGUGGCCCAUAAAAAGCAUGGACUGGCAGCCAAGGUGUCCAGCCCGCUGUUUCCUUGUCUUUCUUGUAGCAUCCUAGUCGCACACAGUUGGCUUGUAUGACAACGGGUUGCUAUUUGGAUGAAGGAUAGUUGUAGAAGGAGAGAACUAAGAGUCAUAAAUAUGUUGAAAGCAUUGCAAAGAGACAGAAAAGACAGCGGAAUUAUGACAUAUGCAGUAGUGUUUUGAAUUUGGGUUGCCUGCAUUUUUAACACACACACACACACACACACACACACACAUGCACACACACAUUCCCAGAAUUCAAAGCCCAAGGAAAGGCCUCCGUUAUCAUGAGGGCUAUAAAGAGAAUCUGGAGGUUUUUAUCACAAUUUUAUUUUAUGGUGGUUAUGUAGUGCUUUAAUACUGCCUGGUACUUCCGAGAGAUUUCAGUCUAUAUUAGGCAAAUGCCGGUGAUGAGAGGAAGAGAGGGAAAGGCGUGGGAUGAGACUUAAUAAUACAAAUAAAAAUGAAUUAUCGGGAGUGAGUUCAGCUCAGUGAUUUGCAAAAAGAGACUUCAGUGAGGAGGAAUAGAUGGAGCUGCCAACUGAGACAAGCUUCAGAAAGCUACUCAACCAUGGUUUGAGCUGAAUCUGAAUGGGACGUGGUUCCCCGCCCUUAUCCCAGCUUCUAUGGGGAAACUUCUGCAAAUGUGAAUGAAAUGGAAUUGACACAGUGCAUUCUUCCGAACUCGGCAGACAGUAUCUAGUGUUUUCUGCUCAGAACUUUGCAGGCAAUAAGUGGGGUGGAUUGUUUAAAUUAACACUUUAAAAAAAUAUGCUAAUGAGCUAAAAGCCCUGGUUUGAAUAAUCAAAUUUUAAUUGGCUUUUCUGGAGAAAAGUAGAUUUCCAUUGGCGAAUGUUGCCAUUAGACAAAUUGACUUCCUCCAAAUUACGCAACGGUUGGUACAUCUUUUUUGCUAUUUAGCAAAGUGCCUUGCGUGUUUAUCCAUGUAGUUAACGCAGUUAAAUACCUUAAUGUCCUUGGGUUUUAUUAGCUAUGCAGUCAUACAGUGGGAGCGUGUAAGCAGGCCUAUUGACUUGAAUAGGACUUAGUCACUAAUAAUAACAUAUCCUUGGGAUUCCAGCCUUAAUAUGUUAAGCAAUACAGUGGUACCUCGGGUUACAGACACUUCAGGUUACAGACUCCGCUAACCCAGAAAUAGUACCUCGGGUUAAGAACUUUGCUUCAGGAUGAGAACAGAAAUCGUGUGGCGGCAGCAGCAGGAAGUCCCAUUAGCUAAAGUGGUAUCUCAGGUUAAGAAUGGACCUCCGGAACGAAUUAAGUUCUUAACCCGAGGUACCACUGUAUUACGUUGCUAGACAGUAUGGCACUUCAGAUUUCAGUACAAGUAUUUCAGGCAGACCCAGCUGGUGAGCCUGACUUUCACUCUGGCUGAACAUGUAUGACAUCCAAUCUGUGCUGUGCUGGGCUUUCCCAUUACCCUUGGGUAGAACCUGGUUUUGAUAUUUGUGGUUUUGGCCUUUCUUGCAUCAAAGAGCAGGCUGACCUUCUACCCCCAAACUAUGGAAUUUACAGUAUGCUGUGAUGGCCUCCAGCUUGGAUCACUUUAAAAUGGAAUUAGAUGAACUUCAUGAAGGAUACUGUUGCCCGUGGUUACCAGAGUUGUAUUAAAUUUCUGUUUUGAAAUGAUGAGCUUUUGUUUCUACAGUAGUUUUAAUUUUAUUGUGCUUUUAUUUAUUGUAAGCGGUCAUUGGACAUUGUGGUAAAGGGCAGGUAAGAAACAUAAUAAAUAAUAGUCAUGAUGGCUAUAUAACUUGCAGUGUUAUACAUUUUUAAUUUUUGAUUAAAAAUGAAGAAACUUUUACCUAAAUUUUGGUAAAAAUUAGGUCAACUUAUUUUUAACACAUGAUUUUAUUGGUGUUUUUAAUUUAUAUUUUAUGUAAACUGCUUGGACGUUUUGAUGUUUAAGUGGUAUAUCAAGCCUUUAAAUAAAGGACAUGAGUCAACAGUGUGUGAUACAGCAGCAGCAAAAAAGUGAAUGCUAUUCUAGGCUGCAUUAACAGAAGUAUAGUGUCCAGAUCAAGCGACGUAAUAGUACUGCUCUAUUCUGCCUUGGUCAGAUCCCACCUGGAGUACUGUGCUCAGUUCUGGGCGCCACAGUUUAAGAAGGCUAUUGACAAACUGGAAUGUGAGCAGAUCAGAGUGACUGAGAUGCUAAAAGGGCCUGGAAACCAACCCUUAUGAGGAACGGUGGAGAGAGUUGGGUACGUUUAGCCUGGAGGAAAGGAGACUGAAAGUUGCUUUGAUAGCCAUCUUCAACGAUCUAAAGGGCUAUCACAUGGAAGAUGGAACAAGCUCAUUUUCUGCUGCUCCAGAGGGUAGGACCUGAACCAAUGGACUCAAAUGACAAGAAAUGAGAUUCUGACUAAACAAUAGGAAGAACAUUCUGACAGUAGUAAGAGCUGUUUGACAGUGGAACAGAUUUCCUCAAGAAAGGGUGGACUCUCCUUCAUGGAGGUUUUUGAGCAGAGGUUAAAUGGCCAUCGGUCAUGGAUGCUUUAGUUGAUAUUCCUGCAUUGCAAGGAGUUGGGCUGCAAUGACCCUUGGGUUCCCUUUCAACUCUACAAUUCUCUGAUUCUAAUAACAUAACAUAUCAAAUGAUAACAUAGAAGCAAAUCAGUACACCACCGAAUGCCAGUUGCUGGAGACUACCAAUGGGAAACUCCUGUUUCCCCCUCAUCCUGCUUAUGGGCUUCUCAUUCAGUGUUAACUGAAUGCUGGUCUGGAUAGACCUUUGGUUUGAUCCAGGAAGACCCUCCUUAUAUUCACUGCAUCAACCUCUUAUUUUACUGAUGGGCGGUUGCAUUUAUCAAAUCUGUAUUACAUGUCAAACAACCUUUAGCGAAGGUCAGAAUUUGAAGUGAUUUAAGUAAGAUACUCCAAUUGCUUCCUUUUUUGUUGUUGCUUCAAAUAAUCAUCUUGUCCUUUUCCCUUUUUACCAGUGAGCAGGGAGGAAGCUGAGCCUUCAACUUGUAAUGUUCUGAUCAUAUUGGGUGGGGGGGAAUAGCAUGUGUCAAGAAAACCGCCACUUCCCGACAGCUCCUAACUAGGCAUCUUGUCUUGCCCUUCAAAGGCUCUGGACAGUUGUGAUUCACUCAGUUCUUCUACAUGGGCACUGUGUGUGUCAUCUCAAAAGCCGGCUGCUGUGUUCAGUGCUAGGAGAGGACCUUGAACCAUGAAAGGAAACAGAUCAAUGACUGAUGAGAGAGAAGAGCUUUGAGGGUGUAUGGCAGCUGACCCUAACCUGGUAUCCUCCAGCUGUUUUGGAUUAUACCUCCCAUAAGCCCUAGCCAGCUGGGGCUGAUCGGGGCUGUAGCAGUCCAAACCCACUGCAAGAUACCAACCUGAGGAACGCCAGUAUUGACAACUUGCACGAUCAAAGUAGGACGCAUGAAGCAAGAGAGCAAAGUAAAGAUCAGAAAGAAGGGAGGAGCGGGUGAAGCAGAGGAGGACGAAGAUGUACCGCAAAUAGAAUGUGAAAAAGCCUCUGAUAAGGAGGAAAUGAGAAAAAGGGAGAAUAAAGGCAUGAAGCAGACGAGGUGGUUUACAUUCUUUUGAUAUACAAUGCAUUAAAUAGAAAAUAAGUCACAGCUGACUGCAGCCUAAUAGCUUCCACAAAACUGUGCUAUGCAUUAGAAAUUGCUGGAGCAGGUCAGCCUGAGAAUACAUGGAGACUAGUGCCCUUUCCUUUGAGCCUGGGGGCUGCUUCAAACAUGGUUUCUGUCUGAGAAAAAGUGGUGCCUGUAGACUUCCUGAUUCGUGGAUAAGUGAAAACACUUGCACUGCAUAUCUUAUGUGGUGGACUUCAUGCUUUUUUUAAAAGCAGGAAACUGCAUGGAGAAAACAUCACAUUGUUGUGCAGUUGUUUCUCCCAAGUACUUUCUGAACCUUGCCAGUCAGAUGAAAGUCUUCUUUCCGGAAGCAUGACACGUGGCAUUCCUGACAACAUUUAAAAAUGGGUUUUAUUUAUUUUAUUUACUUCUUAACAUUUCUAUACAGUGGUAUCUCAUGGUUACAUACGCUUCAGGUUACAGACUCCGCUAACCCAGAAAUAGUGCUUCAGGUUAAGAACUUUGCUUCAGGAUGAGAACAGAAAUCGUGCUUCGGCGGUGCAGCAGCAGGAGGCCCCAUUAGCUAAAGUGGUGCUUCAGGUUAAGAACAGUUUCAGGUUAAGAACGGAUUUCCGGAACGAAUUAAGUACUUAACCCGAGGUACCACUGUACUUCCUUUCCUCCAAAGACCUCGAGGUUCUCCCAUUUCAUCCACACGGCAACCCUGUGAGGUACAUUAGGCGGAGAGACAGUGACUGGCCCAAGGUCAUUCAGUGAGCUUCAUGGCCAAGUGGAGAUUUGAACCCUCGUCUCCCAGGCCCUAGUCCCAACACUCUUAACUGAUGCACCACACAGGCUCUCAAUUUCUUAAUAUCUCUAUCAGAUUCUGGCCUCUGUUGAAUGCAGGCCUGGCUCGAGCCUUGUGAUUGGUUUUAGACUUCAGAAGUAUUUCUAAGAAGUGCAUGUUGGAGGACUUCUGCAAUGGCACCAGCUGAGCCAGAAAUAUUUCAGGUACAAUUAAGAGUGCCAGUACUAAUCCCUUAAAAAAGUCUUGGGACCUGGGUGUUUCCCAUAUCAAUCUGCCUGUUUGCAAAGACCUGCAGCAAAGGUGUCUCUCUGGGUGCCCCUACCUUCAAAAGUAAGGCAGCAGGUGGUGGCGAUGAAGAGGGGCUGUUCAUUUGGUAGUGCUUGCCUCAUACAGUGGUACCUCGGGUUACGUACGCUUCAGGUUACAGACUCCACUAACCCAGAAAUAGUACCUCAGGUUAAGAACUUUGCUUCAGGAUAAGAACAGAAAUCUUGGUCCGGCGGCGCGGCGGCAGCAGGAGGCCUCAUUAGCUAAAGUGGUGCUUCAGGUUAAGAACAGUUUCAGGUUAAGAACGGACCUCCGGAACGAAUUAAGUACUUAACCCGAGGUACCACUGUAUUGUGAAUAGCUGACUUGGGGGUAUGUGUGACUGUGAUCAGGGCUACCGCAGGGGCAGAAGAAUAGCUUUUCUGGGGAAUAUUUUAUAGUACGCUGUGUAACAUGGAGGGGGGUGGUUUCAAGUUUUAAUUUUCCAUUCUGUUUUCUCUGAGCAUUUCUUAAUAUUUUGAUGUCAAAUCAGAGUGCUUGACUUGCCCUCUUUUCCUUCCCAUCUAUGGGAAGGAAAAGCUAAGCUAAACACCUCUAAUCUCUUCCCACAUGCCUGUCGUCAUUUGUCUUUUUCCCUUUAAUUAGUUUUAAACAGAGAAAAUUGAACCGGAGAUCAGCCUGAGGAAUGUGCCAUUUAUUUGUAUAAUGGCAUAGGUUUUCCAUUUUUAUUUUUCAUCCCCUGUCUUGUGCAUUUGUACAAUUCUUUGUCUUUUUGUGACUUCUAUCAAAGAGAGUUUUAUUGACCCAGACCGCUGUAGAUCUCUAAUUCCUACCCCCCAAGAACUGUCACAGAGAAUUUAGCAUCUGUUAACUUUCGAGCAUUUUAGAUUCUUCUUACCAUUGUGUGUGGUUCUGGAUCUGCCAACAUUAUCAUUUACUGUACUGCUCACCUAGUUUGCUUAGUUGCUAUGAGCAAAGAUGUCUGCAACGAGACACGAAGGCUAGCAGUAUCAACCCUGCAGUGUGGAUAUCCCUUGCAGGCAACCGUAGUGCCUGGAGACAGACGGACAGGUCAUGCAUCCACAGUAGUGAGCAGAGGAGAAAGGACUGCUGGGAGGAAUGCAGAGAAAAAAUGCCAUGGCGCAUUUGUGGCAGCAGAAGCGGAUGCCUUCAUCUGCCCCAGCUGCAACAAAACAUGUCUCUCCCAUAUCAAGUCUCUACUAUCAGGCGCUGUAACUCUCCAACGGUUUGACCCCCAAACAUGCACACCUCCAUAGUCUCCUGAGACAGACAGGUGCCAACAAUAGCAAGGCUGACGCUUAUUUCACAUCACAAUCGUUACAUGGUUGUUAAGUCACCCCACACAUAUUUUGAGUAAAUUAGCUGGAGUGUUAACAGCAAAUCCAUAAUCCCUUCAGAAAUGUUCUAUAAUAAAUCAAGUCAGUCCAUUUCCUCUCUUUUCAGGGAAGAGGCAAGGAAUGGCUACCACAUCAAGGUAGGCACAAACAUUAAAGGAAGCUACUUCAAAGCAUGCAUAUAAGCGUUCUACCAUUUGAAGCAUUUUCAGAUAAGGAGAUGGAAAAUGAUGGCGACAUUGUGCACAACAGGGUACCUUUUUCAGCGUUUCAUAAGCAUGCCCAGUUAUCCAAACAUUUUGGAGCAGAGUUCUCAUUUUUACCACUGUCGUCAUUCAUGUUAAAACCCUGUUCAUUUCGUGUACAACUUCUCAGUCCUUGCGCGGUGGCCAAAAGUCUGCAUAAAGGUAAAGGUAAAGGUACCCCUGCCCGUACGGGCCAGUCGUGUCCGACUCUGGGGUUGCGCGCCCAUCUCGCUUAAGAGGCUGGGGGCCAGCGCUGUCCGAAGACACUUCCGGGUCACGUGGCCAGCGUGACAAGCUGCGUCUGGCGAGCCAGCACCAGCGCAGCACACGGAAACGCCGUUUACCUUCCCGCUAGUAAGCGGUCCCUAUUUAUCUACUUGCACCUGGGGGUGCUUUUGAACUGCUAGGUUGGCAGGCGCUGGGACCAAGCAACAGGAGCGCACCCCGCUGCGGGGAUUCGAACCGCCGACCUGACGAUCGGCAAGUCCUAGGCGCUGAGGUUUUACCCACAGCGCCACCUGCGUCCCUAAAAAGUCUGCAUAGUGCUAUGGAAAACUGCGUCGACUCACUUUAUCAAAACAUGUCUUAACAAAGCAUGGACAACAUUCUGUUGAAAAAAUAGGUGCACUAACUUGCUAAGGAUCAAGUCAUCCCCUCCCCCAAACCUCCAUGUGUAUCUAUUACAUUUCUCUUUCAUUCUUCCUUAAAGGAGGCAAGUCUGUGGGGUAAGCAGCCUAGUGUCUAGCCUUGAAAUAAUCUUGUUGGUUAAGGUAGGAUGAAGAAGAUUGACUGGUCCAGCUUCCAAUCAAAGAUACUUACAUGACGGAGCAGAAGUUUGGAACUACAGUGGUACCUUGGUUGUCGAACGGCUUGGCUCCCGAAUAAAUCAGCUCCCGAACGCCGCAAACCCAGAAAUGAGUGUUGCGGUUUGCAAAUGUUUUUUGGAAGCCUGCAGCCAAUCGGAAGCUGCACUUUGGUUUUUGAACAGUUCCGAAAGUCGAACAGACUCCCAGAACAGAUUAAGUUUGACAACCAAGGUACGACUGUAUGCUACUCCAGUUCAAGCCUCAAUCUACCCACCACCCUGCCGUUCCUGGCUAUAUUUCAUCUAGAGUCGUCGUGAGAAUAAAAAUACGUAUCCUUUCCUCAUCUCUUUUGGGGGGAAAUGAGCUACAAAUAAGAAUAUAAAAAAUGCAUGCAUUUUUAUUCCUUGUUGUGAGUUGCCCUGCAACUAUAAGUAAGUAAAUGCCAUUAGAAAGAUUUUGCAAUGGGAUACGACACAUAAUGUAGGAUGGUGGCUUUUUUUCAUGUUGACUUCUCUGUUUCCGUAUAUGCACAAGGAGCUGUGUCCUCCUACAGCUAGGGUUCUUCCAUCUUUCUCCCGCAAAAGAUUUUUUUUUUAAAAUGAAGAGCACCUGGAACACCGCUUUUCAUUCAUUUUAACUCUUACUGCUAAACAAAGUGAGCUUCGUACAGUUCAUAAUUGUUGCUCCUUUUGCGGUCGUCAUACUUUGCCUUUGGCUGUCUAGGUAUGAAAGGACCCAAACCAAUUUGUAGGCCUUUAUGUAUCUGAAACAACUUUGUUAAAGUGAUUGCGUUUUAAACAGCAGGCUCUUUUAUUUUGUCACUGGCUUCCGCAGUACUUUCUGUAAUUGGUGUUUGCGAAAACUCUAGGUGAAUAACUGGGAAAGUGGGGGGGGGGAGCAGAAACUAAGGGAGCACUUCAUUGAGGUUGGCUGAUAAAUUUAGAACAAGGUAUGAAAAGUGGAGUUUUUUGGGAUGAAAUAAGCAGUUGACCUGUGGAAUUUAUUGUAGCUCUAGUCACGUUAAAAAAUACAGGUUUAAAAUUUUGUUUGGCAAUGGAGCUUAGAUCAUGUUGGUUCAGUCCUGCUUUUCCGUCAGUUAACUGUGUGUCAAGAAGGGAUAUGUAUACAUUGAGUGGCCCAUGUUGCUAAAGGUUUCCCCCUCUCCUCUCCUUUCCUUCCCUCCCUCCCUGACCCCUUGUAUUUUGGAGUAGAAGGUGCUGGUUCUUGCCCAGGGCAGGGUAGCUGAUUUGAUGGGCCAGUGGUUUGAUCCAAUAUGACAAAUCGUGUGUUGAUGUCUGAGGUGGAACGCAUCAUUUGGCCUGCGUUUGCAGAGGCUUUUGAGGUUGCAGUCUCUUUGCGGGUCUGUCCAGAGCUCAUCAGGGGAGAAAAACUAUUACAGUUCUAGACUUUUGCCAUAAGGAAUGACUAAUUGAGGGAUUACAUGUUUGGCAUGCCAGAACAGAGAGAGAGAGAGAGAGAGAGAGAGAGAGAGAGGUGAUGUCAGUAAAGCGUUGUGACGGGAAAAUGCCUGAAUGUUAGAAUGUAGACAAAGCGAGGAAAGAUGGUAUAGGCCCUGAUUUAAAAUGUAGCCAUCAGUCAAAUUCUUUUCUCCUUAAAAUGCCUCCUCAAAUUUUACCAUUUCCAUUGAACCUUUCACGUAAUCACAAAGUACACACAACUUUACCUGUGCAAAAUGGUGCUGUCAGGACCAUAGCUGUCAACUUUCGGAUUUGAAAAUAAGGGAUCAGCAGCCUCACCUGUCCCGGGGACAGUCUACGGGAUAUCUAACAAUCCGGGAUAGCAGCGGGAAACAGUGCCGAAAUAAGGGAAUUUCCCGCAAAAAAAGGGAAGGUUGACAGCUAUGGUCAGGACGGUUGGGUUGUCUAUAGCUCUGCAAUAAGGUUACAGUCUCUGCCUGGAGGUGUGGGUUUGAAUCCCACUCUGCCCUUUGGCAGGACGUAUGAGUGGUCCAAGGUCCUGCAUUUGUGCCUGGAGGUGGCCGAAUCAGCUUUAAAGGCGGACCAUAUCUCAGUGAUAGGAACCUCCUGUUCUUUCAGAAGAUCUCAGGUUCAAUCCCAGACACUUCCACUUAAUAGCAGAGAUUGAAGACUUCUUUCUGAGAUCCUAGAGAGCUGCUGUCAACCAGAGUAAAUCAUAUUGAGCUAGACAGACAGCUGGUUUUAAGGCAAACUAUGUAUGUUCCUACAAGGGAUGUGGGUGGCGCUGUGGUCUAAACCACUGAGCCUAGGGCUUGCCAGUCAGAAUGUCAGCAGUUCGAAUCCCCACGAUGGGGUGAGCCCCUGUUGCUCGGUCCCAGCUCCUGCCAACCUAGCAGUUCGAAAGCACUCCAAAGUUCAAGUAGAUAAAUAGGUACCACUCUGGUGAGAAGGUGAACGGCAUUUCCGUGCGCUGCUCUGGUUUCACCAGCUGGCCACAUGACCCGGAAAAACUGUCUGUGCACAAACGCCAGCUCCCUUGGCCAAUAAAGCAAGAUGAGCGCCGCAACCCCAGAGUUGUUCAUGACUGGACUUAACUGUCAGGGGUCCUUUACCUUUACCUUUUUAUGUUCCUACUAGUUUGCUCCACUUGCCAACCUCCCCUGCCAUUCCUCCCCAUUAACCUCCUGGAGCUUCCCCGUCAUACCCCGUGGAAGGACUAAGCUUGCUUUUCACCUUCCCAGCCCCAUUUCUCAUGCCGUUUCUCUCUUCUGUUUGUUAGUCCAGCUUUGCAUCCCUGUUUUCACCCCCCAUGUCCAUGCCUCCUCCCUCUUCUUUUGUGCAACCUCCUUUGCACACAAAACUCCUCCAUGGUAACCACCUGCAUCUUCUUCCUCCCACACAUUGCAACUACUAAGCAUCCUUUUCACUUUAUGCCGAAUAAUGAAGCCUGCAUGGUCUCCUAUUCGUCAAACCCUUUCAUGCCCCUGCCUUCAGUUUCAACCUCGUUCCCAUGCCUUCUGCUCUCUCCUUUCUCUGCAUCACCAUAUUCACCUUUACUCCUUUCCCCCCCUCUACCCGUCUGCUUACUUUCCUCAACUCUCCCUUGCACGCCACCCCAUUUCCACGCCUCCCCCUCUCACUUGCACACAAACCCCUAUGUGGAUCCAUUCUGCUGUCUCUUUAAAAUAAACAGAAUUUAAAGAGCAAGGCUGUCAGUUAGCUUCUUCAGUUAGAGCACGGUAGAGUUCUGUUGGUGGAUGUUGCUUCUUAAUAAAGACUCUGUUCCGAAUUACUACAAAGAUUCUGGAACUUCAUGUAGAAGACAACGCAUGGUGCCAGGAGUGGAGGUACCAGGUUUGUGGGGAAAUACUAUGGAGUCAUAGGUUGCACAUCCUUUAUCUCACAUAAGCUAGCUGAGGAAUGGAAGUUUAAAUCAACCAAAUGUUCCUUUUCAGUAUUCCUCCUUUCCUGAUGUACUCAAAUGACCGUAAAAGUUUCCUCAAACCUCCGCCAUUUUUUAAAAGCUGCCAUUUUCUUCUCUGUUUCCACCAUUUCUUCUUUACUCCAGCUUCUGGUGUUGUUUUAAAACCACUCCUCCCCUCUCAGUGAUUCUCCUUUCUUGUCCCCAUGCUAUUGUACAACCUGCCUUCUCUUUUGCUUCUCAUCAUUAUUACAUUUGUAUACUGCCCUUCAUCCAUAGGUCUCAGGGUGGUUCACAACAUAAAAAUACGAGAUAAAAAACACAAAAUACAUAAUAAAAACAGGAACAAACCAAUAACCCCUCCUUCCCCCCAACCCCCCAUGAGGGCUCAAUGCAAAUCCAAAUUGUUAUGAGGCACCACAAAUCCUCCAAUGGGGGCUGCCCAAUGACAGCCUUACAUUUUAAUGUAUUUAGGAAGAUAAAAUCACUCCCUGCUAUGCUUUCAUCUCCUAUUUUUCCCCCUUCCUCUGAUGUCACCUCAGCCGUCAAAAUUUAAAUUGCAAGCACUUUGUGCUAGAAAUUGGGUUUUACUUAUUUAUAUUUAAUCUGCACUGUGUAUGAUAUAUCAAUCAACAUCAUGUCUUUUGGAACCUUUGUAAAAUGUGACUGCCUGCUGCAACAUGUUGAUGAAAUGUGCCAUGCGCAAACAGUUGUGUUCUGUCCCCAGGUCAUAAAAGAGAUGGGAGCUGGAAGGGCUUUCCCUUAAUCCUUAGGGCAGUGUCUGUAAUGCAAAAAGCUCUUUAGCAGUGUCAGCAACCAGGACUGAGAAGCCCCUUGAGAGAGAGAAAGCCUAAGGAAAGAUUUGUGCUAUAGGAAUGGCUUGACUUCAGAAGUCUUCCUUUCUAAGACAAGUGGAGUACUUGUCGUAUAACGGACAUGCAAGGAGCUCUGAAUGUAUUCUGAAUUCCUUAUUUUUGGGCAGUGGGGGAGAGAGUGGACAUUUCUAGUCUAUUUCCUAACCAAUGCUAAGCAUCUCUCAUUCUGUGUGUUACAUGUGAAUGCAGGGUGGAAUAGUUCAAUUUUGAAGCUGCACUUGAGCUCCAAGAACAGCUGCUUUUAAAAUUUUUACAUUAAAAGGCCGAAGAUACAAGCCGAGACUGAUUUACACCCCUGAUGCGAAAGUGCUCUUACUUCUAAGUUGUGAAUCUAGAAUUACUACCCUGGUCAUUUUUCAGAAACACUAAAGGAAGUUAGAAUGCUCACAAACUUUCAACCUUCUGCCCUCUUUAACAUGUGAAUGGAACAUGUUAAAAAUCAGCUAAUUUGCAUUUGUAUAUUAGUUGGCAGUUUUGGCUUGUGUGCACCAAACUCUGAAACCAUUAGUUGAGUGACCGUUUUGUUUUUUUGUUUGUUUGGAUCCUAAUUUCACAGAUAAAGCUGUGACUCGGUCUGUGGUCUAUGUCAUAAUUCUGCAGGACUAGCGCAGUGUGUGGUUACUUAACGUAGGAUGCCAAGUUUGUAGUCCUUCCACACAACUCCAGUACACAUGGGAUUCCUUCAGACACUCCUAGGGAGAAGCUUCCAAUAGUGCUGUCCCAUACUGCUGUUGAGGCCUCUUCCCAUUGAUCUGUGUCCCUGGUGGGAUGCUGUUUGGGUUGAAAAGGUCCCCAUGAUAGGCCCUGAAUACUUGACUCAACCACAUGGGGAUAGCACCAUUGGCAGGGCAGUUUAGUGUGUCUUUGAAGGGGCUGUGAGAUUGAGCACUGGGUGGGUGUGCAGGGGUUUUGUGGUGGCACUUGCAUGAAUCGCAAGGUGUUUACCUGCAGCUGCCCUUGCAAUCUGAGUGCAAAAAAAAGACAGCAUUCAACAUGUCAUGAAGCGGCUUGGGCGGCGGGUGGUAGAGUUUGAAUAAUCCAAAGACUGACAUUUGUUUGGGGGUGUCUCGUUUUUAUCUUUCCCCCCAGAAUGGUCUUCGAUGUCUUUUGAGGAGCUGCUGCAGUUGAGAAAUCGAGUUGGGACCAAGGCUUAUCAGCAGAUGACUACUGGGAAAAGGGCAGUAAAUGUCACAAAAGCAGAGAAGAGGCAGCGUCCAAACAAGCACGGGUAAAUGUGUUUCCCUGUUGUGCAUUCCCCAAAAGAGAACUGCAUUCCCCUGGGCUCAGGUGAAGUCUGCAAACCUGCGCUUCCUUACUUGAGAGUGAGCUCUCAAGUUAGCAAUUACCGAACCUGCACAUGGGCUCAUGCAGUAAGCCCUUUUCUGCUUGUUGAAGGGCGUAGAGAUUUCUGAGCUGCCUCUGGAGAGCUAUUGGAGCAGAAUGCAUUCAUCCUGGAAAGAAGGAAUUGGAGUUUAACCAGAGGGCUCCCUCUGGGAGGGUGGGUGGUAGCAUGGACUUACCUGAAGAACUAACAGCCUUAAGUGUCUGCUUUACGGUCUGCACCACUGGAGCUGCUACCUUGCUCUCGAUGCAUUUUUAUAACCUUUCUGUGAUUAAUUUACUUCCUUCUUCCUAAGCCUCUCUGGGAGCCAUUUAUGUGACUCUUUGGCCCCGUUAGUGUUCCCAGUCUCUCACACUUCAGUGUACAGUAGUACCUCGGGUUACAUACGCUUCAGGUUACAUACGCUUCAGGUUACAGACUCCACUAACCCAGAAAUAGUGCUUCAGGUUAAGAACUUUGCUUCAGGAUGAGAACAGAAAUCGUGCUCUGGCGGUGCAGCAGCAGCAGGAGGCCCCAUUAGCUAAAGUGGUGCUUCAGGUUAAGAACAGUUUCAGGUUAAGAAUGGACCUCCGGAACGAAUUAAGUACUUAACCUGAGGUACCACUAUAUUCUGUAAAAUGCCAUCAAUGUGAUGAGUAAUUUAAACAUUAAAGCAGACACGGAUGCAAAUGGUCACUGUAUUCCCUCCUCAGACACCUCCCCGCAGUUCUCUCCAUUUUGCUGUGUGUCAUUACCCUUUGUUCAUCGUCCUGAAGCCAGGUUUCACUCGCCGCAAGUGUCCCAUCCAAGAGACACCUGCUCUUUCCUUCAUCAGUUCUCUCUCAUCUCUUUCCAACUUUCUCUGCUUCUCUUCUCUCUCCCCUCCCCACCCUCUGUUAAUAUCUUGUGCUGCUACUUCACCUUUUACCUGAAGCUCUCGCUGGCUUUCCAGACAAUGCUAUAUAAGCCUUUCAAAAUGCCUCUUCUAUUAUGGGUUGCUUAUUUCUAUUUUUAUCUCUCCAAAGCCUUUUGAGAGAGAGCCUUUCUACAAAAGCCCCAGUGCAGCUGGAAUCAAAUCAGCUAGGUAUUUGUGUGUGUGUUUGUUUGAAAGGAACCCUCUCGACUUUUAAGGGAAUGCUCCCCAAAUUCUAUCCUGUUCAGUGGUGCAUUCUUGAAUGAAAUUGGAUUCAGAAGCAAGUAACAUAACACCGCAAUAUUUUUUAAAAAGUGAGCAAGCUUUAUAAAAUCUUCCACAUGCUCAUUGGAAACCAGUAUGUUAGGGAAGUGAAAAGCGAGAGGUGUCUGCAGGAGCCUGGCUGGUUUGUGAAUUCUCACAUGGUGUUUCGAAUGACAGCUCCUGCCCUGCCGCUGCGGUCCAUUCUCUGGCUUGUAUCUGACAAAGUCGUCCUAUUCGUGCAAGGACUGCUGCCUGCACAAUGGGAUUCCUCUGCCCGCCCCCAAAUCUGCUCUCUAGGGUUGGGGGGAACCCUAGAACAGAUCUGGGGUGUGUACAUGGGGAGAUGAGAAGGAGCAUAGGUUGAACUCCUUGUGCUUACAGGACAACUUAGUUGGGUAUGGGCCUAACUGCCUGCUGCAGAAAGCAGAAUCCCGUUGCUACUUCAAACUUGGAGGAGAAAAUUGCAGUGGGGCAGCUGGGACACCACAGCCAAAUAAUGUUUUGCUGCCCCGGGGCUGUUAAAGCAAUAGGUGCCGCAUCCGGAUCAAGAACUGGCAGCUCUGCCUGCGAAACUCCACAGUACUGUCUGGUAAGGGUGCUGUCUUUUCAGCUAGCUAAUAAAAAUAUAAUUAACUUCAUCGAGCCGUUCAUGGGCUGUUGGUGCAGAAGAUUAGCUUACUUGUUUUCUCCACUCCUCAUAAUUUUAUCAGUUUGCACUUCUCCUGAGGGAAUUUGGUGUAUCCCUCUAAAAAAGGCUGUUUCGUAGAGAGCCGUCUGUUUCCUGUGAUGCGCUGCUUUUUCUGCCGCGUCUGAAGGCUGGCGGUUGCGAAACACAACAGGAGUGUGACUUGGUUAAUGUCACUGCCGAAGAGGGUCUGGGUGUCAUAUUUUCAAAGGAUUUCUACGGCGGCUCAUUAAAAUUUAUGUUGGCAUAGCGAUGGCGCCACGUCAGUCCAGGGAGUAAAAGGCACCAAAUAAGUGAUAUGUUGACUUUACUGGACCAAUCCAUUUUGGAGAGAAUAUUCCAGGUUCAUCACCUGCUUUUGUCCUCUGAAUAAUUGGGCAGUGUGGGUUGAAAAUGCUUUGAAGGUGGUAAUCCAGCAGGUUAGAGAGAGGUAGGGAACGGGAUGCUGGAACCGUUUAUUGCUAAAGUGGAGACCUUUUCCCAACUCCUGCUUUGCAUAAGUUUAUUCCAGUAUUUACUGCUUUUUAUAGCCUGCCUUUCCACUGAAGUGCUCAGGUGCAGCUGGAGCCAAAACAGUUCUAACGUACAGUAAGCCCGCAACUGACGCUGGGGUGACGUUCUCGGGAUCGCGCCCAAAGCCCAAAUUGCAUGUCAUCAAAACACGUUUGGUUCAACGGCAGGUUGGGGGGGGCAUCAUUUUUCCUGGAAUCCUGCCCCCUUUAUUUUACUUUUUGUCUCACGCAUAAAGCUGAAUGCGUACAAGUUAAAUGUAUGCAAGUUGUAGGCUUAGUAAAUACAAGACAUGAGUGGUGCUUAGUUCUUUCUUCUUACCACUUGAACAAUAGCUGUGGUUAUUCAUGGAUAUAAAGUUUAAGAACACAACAAUAUUAAAACUUAUUUUACAUCAAGCUACAGGUGAAAUGUUGGGCCAAAGAGGAUUUAAAAAACCAAAACUUUGCAAAUUGUAAUAAAUCUGGGCACCUUUCGGUCAUUGUAUCCCAUAAAACAGAAGCAACGACUGAGAAAGCCCUGGUCCUUGACCUUUUCUAAGUGGGGCUGUUGUCAGAGGAGGGUCUCCUUUGCUGAUUUUUACUGAGAGACAAGCUCUCGUGCUUUCCCUGAGCCCAAGUUGUUUAGGACUUGAAAGGGUAAUGUCAGCAUUUUUGGAAAGGGCAUGGAAGCCAAUUGGUGGUUGAAGCAGAUCCAGCGUUGCAUAAUCCCGAGUGUUCCUUGACGUUAAUUAAUGGGCUGCUGGGUUUUGCAUGAAGAACAGCUUUUGAAUACUCUAGCAGAAGCCCCAGAUAUAGCAUAUUGCAGUAGCUCAGCCUUGAGAUUACAAACUGAGCGAUGGUUUCCAUAGCCAGGGAUGAGGAAUCUGUGGCAUUCCAGGUGUUACUGAACCACAACUCCCAUCAUUCCAGUCUAUUGUCCACGCAGGAUGGGGCUGAUGGGAGUUGGAAUCCAGUGAUACGGGGGGGGGGGGGGAGAGAAAGCCUUUCCACCCCUGGUUUUAAGGCAGAACCAUUGAUCUGGAAUAAUCAGCCAAAGCUGAUGAUAAAAAGCAAUUCUGGAUGCUAGAGAGAUUUUGAACAUCCAAAAGUAGCUCAGAGUGGGUCCACUUCCAGAGAGUGUAAUUCCAUCAAUCAAAAAAUAUUUCCAUCCAAAUUUAUCUGACUUUGGGUCUUGGGAUAAAAACUUGCAGCUUAUACAGCUGGUAGCAGAACCCUGUGAUAUACCGAUAAAGGCUAGGAGCCAUCAUUUCAAACCAAAAUCAUGACUUUGAACAUCAGAAAAACAAAAUCUCAUUAGAGAUUAUAUUAUUUUGUCUGAAACUUUGCUCCCUGACCUUUAUGCAGAGUAGCGUACACAUAAUGACUUGCGGUUUGUGCCCUGCAAUUCUGAAGAAAAAGACGCCCUCUUAAAAGGCAAUGAAUGCAGGUGAAAGGGGACGGGAAUGAUAAGAGCACUUAAUUAGAUGCACACAGCCCGAGAAGCUGUUUUUCCCCCCUUUUUUUUUAAUUAGCGCUUUUCCCUCUUUUACCCACUGAUUAUAUAAUUAAUUUGCCAUACAGAUUGCAAUCACCGCAAUACAAUCAUUCGCAUCGGAAUCCACCCAUGCCAGCAGAAUCGAAAUGUUUUCUACGCUUUCCGUCUUUACAUCCUCCCAUUCUGCAUAGGAGUACGGACCCAGCGGGUGUGUGGAUGCACCGAGAGUCAAAUUAGAUGGCGGGCGUGAGAGGGUGCCUGCCUGUGCCUGCAGGGGGUGGGGAAUGGGGGUUGAAAUGAUCCCUUGUUUCAAGCUCCCCUCCCCAAACAGAAGUGGCUGGCAGCAGUCUGGGUGCCCUCCCUUUUUGCUGCCAGGGAAUGUUGGUGGCAGAGAGCAAGACUCAAGUACCAUCCCUCAACCAGUCAGCCAGGUGUGGGGCUGAAGAGAAGCAAGUCUCUGCAAGUCCUUCAGCUGGGUAGGGACCGGAUGCUGCGACCAUAGCUCUUGGCGAUAGAGUGCAUGCUUGGGUUCAGUCCCUAGCAUCCCCAGGUCAGGCUGGGGUGGGGGGGAAAUGCUGCUGAAACUCCGGAGAGCUGCUGCCAGUCAGUGUAAGGUAAAAUAAAAUCAAAGGACCCCUGGAUGGUUAAGUCCAUUACAAGGCAACUAUGGGGUUGCAGCGCUCAUCUCGCUUUCAGGCUGAGGGAGCCAGUGUUUGUCCACAGACAGCUUUCCAGGUCAUGUGGCCAGCAGGACUAAACCGCUUCUGGUGCAACAGGACACCGUGAUGGAAGCCAGAUCGCACGGAAAUGCAGUUUACUUUCCCGCCACAGUGGUACCUAUUUAUCUACUUUCACUGGCAUGCUUUCGAUCUGCUAGGUGGGCAGAAGCUGGGACAGAGCAACGGGAGCUCACUCCGUCGUGGGGAUUCAAACCGCCGACCUUCUGAUCAGCAAGCCCAAGAGGCUCAGUGGUUUAGACCACAGCGCCACCCGCGUCCCGCCAGUCUGUGUACAUAACACUGAGAUAGAUGGGGAAAUGUGCUGACUGUGUAUAAGACAGCUUCUAUAUUCCUGUGUGGAGGAUAGAAUUUGGCUCAAUGGAUGUGCAUUUGAAGAGGCUUCCUUCUAGCUUGAAAGGGGAAUUGGCCUCUUAGCUUUCCUCUGAAGCCUGUUUUCCCCUUUGAAAUUCUGUGUGUGAUAGUUAUUUUGAAAUGACAGCUACAGGCACCUCACCGACAUUCCCUGGGUGCCAUUUUGCUGACGGUGAGGGUCCAAUUGCAACUGCGUGGACUGAGUGCUAGGUUGGCGACUGAGAGCUUCAUUGAGUCAUCUGACUCGUGCACAACGAAAGCUGCACAUCUUGUGUCGCUGCACGAAUCAUGGACUCCUUGCUGGUCAUCUUAGUCCUCCAUCAUCACAUCAAGGAAAGGAAGUUCAGGGCUGAGUACAGAGAUAUUUAACUGUGCUGCAGCCUCUCCACAGGCCACCCAAAUGGAACUCGCAGACCACAGUUUGAAAACCUCUGCCUUGGCCCAUAGUUAAUUCCAGUGUUAGAAACUAGGAUAAGAAAGCUAGGAGCCAAAUGACUUCUGGGACCUGGGUUGUGGGCGCCAAAACAGAAUGCCUAGGCGCUACCGGGGGGAGGGGGAGGUUGACAACACUUUUUAUUUAUUAUUUUGAUAAGCAUCAGUUAAUAUACAAUUCACAUAAGUGACAUGUUUUUUAGCAUAAAUUGUUAAUACAUGUUUCAUUUGGCGUAUACAAUAAAAUAUUGGUACAAUACGGUUUUCAAAACAGUCUACUCUUUCCUUAACAUAUACCUCAAGGCUUCAAAUCACAUACAUUUCAGUAAUUCUUGACUGACAGCCAGGCGCAAAAAAUGGCACCCAGACUUUUUGAGGUGCUCGCAAAUGGAGAAUCUUUAGGCGCAAAAUGCGCCUGGCACCCUGCUAAUUUCAACCCUGGUUGAUUCCAUUUCCAUUUCCCCUGUGUUUGUUUCUGCUUUCAAGAGAAUUGUUGUAAGAGCAAGCUACGGUCAAGCGAUGUAGUUGAGAUCAUGGAAUUGUAGUGUUGGAAGGGACCCCCAGGGUCAUCUAGUCCAAUAGACAUUCUGUUGUGACGUCUGUAAAGUACUUCAAAGGUGCCAUUUGGCGCCUAGUAAGUUUCUAACACUGCUCACCAGUAAUAUGCAUGUCACAAUUUUCUGUAAACAGGACAUGAUGCUUUCGUUGGUAGAGUAAUUAACUAAAGCUGUACACUGCAGUCCUUAGCAAAUAUACUUGGAAGUAAGGUCCAUUGUACGGAGUAGGAUAUAGUAUUACGCUGUUGUGUUUAGGAGUACUCUCUUGAUUUAAAUAAAGGGGGCUGUUGAUAAUAAUAAUAAUAAUAAUAAUAAUAUUUAUACCCCGCUCUCCCCAGCCAGGGCUAACACCAGUAAAAUUACAGUAAAAACAUAAUACAGUAAAAAACCCAAUUUAAAAUACAGGUUAAAAUGCAAUUUAAAAUGCAGCCUCGUUUUAAAAGUAGCCCAUGGAUCAAAACCGUAAGGGGAGGGAAAACAUAAGGGUCAGACUGAGUCCAAACCAAAGGCCAGGCGGAACAGCUCUGUCUUGCAGGCCCUGCAGAAAGAUGUCAAGUCCCGCAGGGCCCUAGUCUCUUGUGACAGAGCGUUCCACCAAGUCAGGGCCAGUACUGAAAAGGCCCUGGCCCUAGUUGAGACCAAUCUAACAACCUUGUGACUUGGGACCUCCAAAAUGUUGUCAUUUGUGGACCUUAAGGUCCUCCACGGGGCAUACCAGGAUUGGGCAUGAAAAUUCAGGACACUCUUGUUCUUUGAAGUUACGUUUUCCCCCGUGGAAUGGAGCGAAGGCAAUGUUAAAAAGCCCUUUUCUUUCUAACAGUGAGUGGUAACUUACAAUUCAGUAAACAGAUGAUACCUUGCAUUUCCUUCAAUAUCUCAAAAAGGCAUCUAUACUGAGGCUCUAGUAUUUAAAUGUAAUGAUUAAUCAAUAAUUGGUUAAAGGCCAGACUAUUUAUCAACUAAACUUUUAUAAUCAGUUGACAGCCCUUAAUAUAUACAUAGCAAUAAAUAUAAGGAAACACAUACAUCAUGUAGUUAGCCUUAAUAUCUAUUAUAAACUCUUCUGGUAGUAAUACAUCUUGUUCCAAAAUUCAGAAGAUUGAAUCCAGUCCUGCGUUAAUGUACUUUUCCCUUUAAUCUCUUCUCUUGUCAUAUUACAUAACACACUUUGCUUUCCAAGUGGCUUUCAAUUCCUUGCACAUAGCGGUCUCUUGGUUUCCAAAAGUUUCUAGUGGUCAACAGUGCGGAGGGAAAACAAGCAAAACACUGGCGCAGCGUUUGAGUUUCGCAUCUUGAGAGUUGGUUCUGAGAAGCAACCCACCCAAGGAUAGGAAACACCCCCAGGCUUCUCUUUCCUAAGUAUGUACUCUCUCUCUCUCCCACAGACCUCUGGAAAUUUCAGCCAAGAAGCCAGUCCCCUAUCUAAGACGAGUAGUGCCUGUUAAAAAGAAGGUGAGUUGCUUUUUUUUCUGUUUAAUUUUAUUUCAUUUCCCCUCCCCCUUUCUGGUUUUUAUUUUUUCAUUUUCUUUGUUAAAUUUGCAAAUUAAUAAAAAAAGGGAGAAAAUAACCUUGUGUCUGUGGACAAAAAUAAACAGAAAAGAAAAGAAAAAUAUUUGAGUAACACAACUGAAAAUUACUUGGGAGGGGAUGAAUAUAAAGGAGUUCGCAUGACGGCUGAGGAGACUGUUGACUGAGUAAGAGCCCGUGUGACUUAGAGAGCCAGUGUGGUGUAGUGGUUAAGAGCGGUAGUCUCGUAAUCUGGGGAACCGGGUUCGCGUCUCCACUCCUCCACAUGCAGCUGCUGGGUGACCUUGGGCCAGUCACACUUCUCUGAAGUCUCUCAGCCCCACUCACCUCACAGCGUGUUUGUUGUGGGGGAGGAAGGGAAAGGAGAAUGUUAGCUGCUUUGAGACUCCUUAAAGGGAGUGAAAGGCGGGGUAUCAAAUCCAAACUCUUCUUCUUCUUCUUCUAAGCAGUGCUCAGUGCAGUGCUGCAAGAGGCAAGGGCCAGCGAGUGUGACAGGAGUGAUACAGAUCCGGCUUGCUCCUGAAAGACAGAGUAAUGAUGGGUGCCCAAGAAGAAAGACACCACUUUUUGGCAGUGUUCAAAUUUUAGUGCUCGCUCCUCUUUCCUCCUCGCCAGGUACCUCGAGAUCCUCGCUUUGAUGACCUCUCUGGGGAGUAUAAGCCAGAAAUCUUUGAAAAGACGUAUGGUUUCUUGAACGACCUCCGGAAGAAGGAGAAAGAGGUAAUGGCUGCAGCUACUCACGUCGAGUGCAACCUGCCUAGAAGGAGAAAAGGCCUGUGUCGAAGCCCGUUUUACCUCAGAGUCCUGGGUUGAAAGGCGACUUCCCUUUCAGCACAUUCCCCUCUUUCCCCCCUGCAGGUAGUUCAGAAGCACCUGAAGAAAAGCCGAAAUGUGGAGCGGCAAAUCAAGUUGCAGCAGCUCCUCAAGCAAAUGGUGAGUUGGGGCCGCGGGGAAUUAGGAGCAGCUCGGGUUUCCUUGGGAGACGCUGCAGGCAGGCCCAAAGUCUGGAGCCGCCAUUCUGCAGAAAGCUCCAGUGAGGCCAGUGAGAUUGGGGAGAGGAGAAACGUUGACGCUGGCCAGCCAUGUCAUGUUUGCAACUUGCCCCCCUUUGCUUCUUAGACUCAGCAGGAGGAGACACAGAGGAAGCAACAGAAGGAGAGAGAAAAGGAGCUGGCCUUGAAGAGGCAGCAGAGGGAGCUGGCCCAGCAAGGAAAGAAGCCCUUCUAUCUAAAGAAGUGUAAGUGUUGGCCUGUCGACAGAAGCUGCACGGUUCGAGCCUUGACUUUCCAUCAGGCAUUAAUGCUGUCAAAUAGGGGACCUGUUGCUGAUGCAGUGGCAUAGCUGGCGGGGGGGCACAGGGGCGAUUGGCUCGGGCGCAAAAUGUCAACACCCAGUGCUGCCUCAAUACAGCUGCGUGCUUCUGUCGCUAGGCUCUGCCUAAAACGGUUUCUCCCUGCGAACCAGGAAGUGACCUCUCCAUGCAAUGGAACAACUCUUCUUAUCUCUGUAGCUGCGAUCUCCUGGGUGACGGGGGCACUGCUAGGCAGUUGAAUGAGCAUGCGUACACUGUCUGUUUCCCAGCCUCCCACCCAUCCCCUCUACACGGCCCUGGGCCCUGGCAACCCACACUACACCACUGUGCUGAUGUAUGUAAAUUGGUUCACAGUCUGCAGUGGUGUGACUCUUGAACAGAAGGAAGAAAUCCUUUUAAGACAGGGCUCAAUGGGAGUCAGUUAAACAAACUGAUCAGAGUCAUAGCUGCGCUUCUGGGUUUGUCCAGGUUUGACCCAAACUCUGUGUGACCUUGAGCACCUGAUAGUCUUCCCCUGACCCUGUUUACCUUCUAUAAAGACAGUCUGUCAUGUUCUUCUCCUCUGCUUGGUUUGCAUAUUGGAGAUGGUCAGCACUGCCACUUUGAAUGGUGUUCUCACCUGCAGUGUUCAUUGGAUCUGAUUACCAGUUGCACUGGGGAAUAAUGCAAAGCAAAGGGACUGGAUGGUGACUUUUACUGAGGGGGUGUGCAGUCAUCAAUGUGGAUUUUCUUUUUUUUAAUCACGGGACUAUUAAAAGGUGGGAGAGGACUGGGAGUGGAAGAGGAAACUUGAGUUAGGGAUGGGAAUUGCUAGUGACAUUAUGAACAUGGCUGGCUUGAAUUAAGGCCACUUUCCCUUUUGUGCUUUGCAGCUGAUAAGCGGAAAUUGGAACUGGCUGAGAAGUACAAAGAGCUGAAGAGGAGUGGGAAGCUGGAGGGCUUCCUGAGCAAGAAGAGGAAAAGGAAUGCGGCCAAGGACAAAAGGAGGCUGCCUUUUAGGAAGGAUGUGUAA